GUAGUUUACACAGCAUACAGUUAAGCCCGCCUUUCUGUGACAGUGACGUAACGCACGCUCUACGGUACGCCACUUGUGAGCAAGAGCAAAAAGCGCGGACAGUGGAAUUACAGGGUGAUUAGGAGAAUAAAGGCAAGGAACCAUUAAAAUGGACGCAAGGCCAAAAAGAAAGCUUAGAUCUGGGAAAGAGGCGACUGAAGAUGGAAACAUAGAUGAACAGCCUGGUAGUGAUCCAGGAAGUAGUUCCAGAGUUGGAAUGGAAACAGCUGACAUUCCUACCACACCUUCAAAGGAAGAUGAGGUCACCAGUGGAGGUUCUACAUCACACAGACCUGCGGAGUCCCAGUCCUCAGCAGCGGAGGAUUCCAGUGGUCACAAGCAGGCCAACACGACUCCCACUACACAGAAAGAUGAUGACCGCACUUGCUCUCUCUGUGACUUUGUAGCAAAAACCCCAACUGCCCUGAAGAUUCACGCUAAAAGAAAGCAUUCCCGUAGAGGCGGUGGCGCUCGCAGUGAAUUAGCCCAGAGCAGGAAAGCAAACAAAGCGACAUCACAAGUAGCUAAAACACAUGAUGACAAGAGGAAAAGCUCACAACAUGCAGUCGCAGAAGACAAUCAUCAGGUUACGGCAACCUUGGCAUCACAUCAACAGGAUGCAAGUAGAGUUGCAGAUCACAAGAAUACAGGGCAGCCACCCCCAUGUGAACCUGUAAUUUCUGAAGACCCGACUGAGAACUCUGAAAGCAGACAUGUCAGCCCCACCCAGUUGCUGCUGGAGAUGGUAGAUGCUUCUACUGGAGCUUUUGAACAGGGCUCAGAUAGAAAGGACAUUACCUCUAUGGAAGAGGCAAGUGAACAUGGAGAAUGCCAAAAAUCAGGCCACGGUUCUGCUUCAGGUGUUCCAAAAUCCAAAGAGGGAGAGAGUCAAAGAAAGAUAGGAAAGCGGGGCCGAAAACCCAGGGUGAUGCAUGCGUGCACCUACUGUGGCCACGAGUUUCAGGACAAACCCACUCUGGCCACGCAUGUGAAGAGACGCCACACAAAAGAAAUGAACUAUUUCUGUGAGCUCUGCUCUUACGCCAGCGUCACCAAGUGCGAUUAUGAAAAGCACUGUGUGAGCAAUAAGCACAAAAGGCGAGUGGUGGAGAACAGCGAGACGCCCAGGCCUUCCCUUGCUCUGGACACGAACGAGAUGGAGGAACAGCAGGACCAGCAGGGUAGAGGUGCUCAGGCGGCCCCAACUCGGGCGCUAAAGCGCUCAGCCAGCGGCAGGCCCCAGCUGCAGUGCGGAAGCUGCUCUUUCAGGGCUGGCACGUCCGCCCUGCUGGAGAGCCACGCUCGACUGAAGCACCCAGCUGAGCACCGCUUCCACUGCAAGGUCUGCCACUAUUACACCGCCACGGCCGAGGGAAUGGAAGCCCACUUAGCUGGCGACGCCCAUCAGCGGGUUGCCAAAGAGAAAGACGUCGGGGCCUCAUACGAGGACUGCGUCGAGAAGGUUUUAGUGAUCCUGUCGCAGAACGCCCCGAGGAAGAAUGAUGGCGCAGAUGUGGACGGUGCCGCGUCUGCGGACGUGAAGGAAGUCGGGAUUGACGAGACGCAGGAGACAGAGAAAGCAGUGGAGAUUAUGUUGACUGAUGGGAAAAGUGAAGAUGGCUCCCCUGCCAAAAGGAAAAGGGGAAGACCGAAGGCAGCAAGUGUAACCACGUGCCACUACUGUGGGCUGGUCGCGUCCAAUGCUACUAACCUUAGUGUGCACAUACGUCGCAGGCACAGUCACCAGUACAGUUAUGCAUGCAAAGUAUGUAGCUAUUACUGCGUGACCAAAGGGGAUAUGGACCGUCACUGUGUUACCAAAAAGCACCUUAAGCGCUCAGAGGCUGCUGGUAGUCCAGACUCUGUUGUACAAGUUCUGAGUGGGAACCAAUCUGAAAAGGGUGUUGAGGAAGAAGCUAUGCAAGUGGAUGGGUCCGAUGAGGUUGGGACUAGCCAGUCUGAGGGAGAUAUUGCCAUGGCAGAAUCAGCAGCAGACAGUGAGACACCCUCCCAAACAACUGACAAAUCUGAUGUUCAGAGUAGCCCAAACUCAAAUAGCGCUCCCCUUAAGAAAAGCAAGUAUGACUCGGUCAAUUCCUGUGUGCACUGUGACUUCGUGGCCCACUCCAUUCCAUCCCUUGAGCUUCACACAAAGAGGAAGCACACCAAAGAUUUUGAGUUUGUGUGUCUGGCGUGCAACUACUACGCGGUGACCCGCAGGGAGAUGUCACGCCACGCGUCCACAGACAAGCACAAGCAAAAGAGUCAGCUCUAUCAAGAGAGGAGCUUGGGGAAAGACACUGCUGCAUUAAACAACAGCGAAGAGCUAGGCAAUGUCGCUGAGCAGAAUACUGCCAGUAUGGCCAUGUUGGUAGAGCCUCCUACUGAGGAGAGGGUGCAGGCUUCAGAAGCAGAAUCUGAACCCAGUGCACCAGCUCCUGAUGCUGUCCAAACUGCUGUUACACUGACAGCAGAGGUUUCCAGUGAUCCAGCAAAAGAAAGCGUUACCUCGGAGGAUGGUGUGACUCAUGAAAAAGUGUCCGAGAUAAAAGGUCAUGAAGGGGCCCAAGACUCUGUGGUGACCCAAGACAUGGUUACAGUAAAACCAGACCCAAACGAGACAGAAGCAGUCCUGGAUGUCCCACCCAUGAAGGAUGCUCUGGAAGUGGAGGCAGAACCCGAGGAGGAAGGCUUAGAUGAUUAUGAUGAGGAAGAAGAGGAUUUGAUUGAAGGCAAAUGUGACGACUCUUUCACCGACAAGCAGUUGGUCAGAGCAAUCCCAUUUGAUCCAUGUAUCAUCUCACUCAAGGUUUUGCAGGAAGGUGAGACACAGCAAGACCGUAUGAUGAUCGUGGGAGAUGCUACAAGCAGUAUAAUGGUGACUGGUGUUCCGAGGCCUCUGAAAGUCAGGAGAGGUAAACCAGUGAUGAGUGCUGUUGCUCGAGGGUUUAUACCUGGCCAGCGAAUCAAGUGUGAAGACUGUGGUUUCAUGGCGGAUGGCCUUAGCGGUCUGAACGUUCACAUCUCAAUGAAACAUCCGUCCAAGGACAAGCACUUCCACUGCCUGUUGUGUGGCAAGUCCUUCUACACCGAAAGCAACUUGCACCAGCACCUGACCAGCGCGGCUCACCUACGUAAUGAGCAGGCCAGCAUCGAGGAGCUUCCCGAGGGAGGCGCUACGUUUAAGUGCGUCAGGUGCAAUGACCCCUUUGAGACAGAGCAGGAGCUGUUUGUGCACAUCAAAGAGAAGCACGAGGAGCUCCUGAGAGAGGUCAACAAGUACGUGUUGGAGGACACAGAGCAGAUCAACCGCGAACGGGAGGAGAACCAGGGCAGUGUGUGCAAGUACUGCGGCAAGGUGUGCAAGAGCAGCAACUCAAUGGCUUUCCUUGCCCACGUACGCACCCAUACAGGAUCCAAACCCUUCAGUUGUAAGAUCUGCAACUUUGCCACUGCCCAACUCGGUGAUGCCCGCAACCACGUGAAACGGCACCUGGGCAUGAGGGAGUACAAGUGCCACAUCUGUGGGUGGGCCUUUGUGAUGAAGAAGCACCUGAGUACACACCUGCUGGGCAAACACGGCGUGGGGCGACCCAAAGAGAGGAAGUACGAGUGUGAGCUGUGUGACCGCUCCUUCAGCGAGCGCUGGGCCCUUAACAACCACAUGAAGCUGCACACGGGCGACAAGCCUUUCAAGUGUGCCUGGCCCUCCUGCCACUACGCCUUCCUCACCCUCUCCGCUAUGAAGGACCACUACCGCACCCACACAGGAGAGAAGUCCUUCCUGUGUGACCUCUGUGGCUUUGCUGGUGGCACUCGUCAUGCCCUCACCAAGCACCGACGGCAGCAUACAGGUGAGCGGCCAUUCAGGUGUCACCUGUGCAACUUUGCCUCCACCACGCAGUCGCACCUGACCCGCCACAAGCGCGUGCACACGGGAGAGAAGCCCUACCGAUGCCCCUGGUGUGACUACAGAUCCAACUGUGCGGAGAACAUCCGCAAGCACAUCCUGCACACGGGCAAGCACGAGGGAGUGAAGAUGUAUAACUGCCCCAAGUGCGACUACGCCACUAACGCCCCCAUGGAGUUCCGCAACCACCUGAAGGAGACGCACCCCGAUAUAGAGAACCCAGACCUGGCCUAUCUGCAUGCAGGCAUUGUGUCAAAGUCGUUUGAGUGUCGUCUGAAGGGCCAGGGAGCCACCUUCGUCCAGGCGGAACUGGCCUUUGCCCCUGACGACCCCUCCUCGUCAGCGGCCGCCACGCUGUGCAGGAUCGGCGCCUCGGGCCUGGAGGGCGUGGGCUCGGAGCAGGUGCAGCAGGUCAUCAUCAUCCAGGGCUUCGACGGCGGCACUGGGGGGAGCAUGGCGGUGGAGCAGGCGCUGGAAGAGUCGGCGGCCGCCACCCUCCAGACGCUCGCCAUGGGCGGGCAGGUGGCCGAGGUGCUGCACAUCACCGAGGAUGGACAGCUCAUCACGUCGUCCGGGCGGCCGGCAACAAGCGCCGCGGCGACCGCCGCAGCUGCACACCUGCAGCUGCCGCACGGCGCCACGCAGUACGUGCUGGUGGAGUCGGGCGGGGGGAUGGAGGCAGCCACAGCGGCCAUCUUGGAAGGACAGGGGGCGACCGUGAUGGGAGGGGGUGGUGGCACGACAGAGGUGGGUCACGUCAUGGUGUCCGAGUCGUCGUCGUCGGCGCUGGACGCACUCCUGUGUGCGGUGAGCGAGCUCGGCCAGCAGGAUGGCGGCAGUGGCGACGGAGAGGUCAUCACCACUACGGACAGUGACGGAGAGAUCAUCACCACCACGGUCUCGGGCGAGGAAGGCCUCGGCGAGGAAGAGGAACCUCGAGAGGAAGUCGCCGAGGGAGAGGGAGAAGUGCAGGUUUACAGGGAGGUCCUGGACGGGGAGGAGGGGCCCGAGCCCGUCGGCAUGGUGACCCAGGUGGUCAGCCACGGCCCGUCGGACACCCCCCAUGACGAGAUGGUGCAGGAGGUGCUCCAGUUCGCCGCCAGCCAGCUCAUGAUGAAGGAGGGCCUCACGCAGGUCAUCGUCAACGACGAGGGCACUCACUACAUCGUCACCGAGCUGGACAACUCCACCCUGCAGCUAGAGGGCGCCGUCUACGCCCAGAGUGCUGAGGCAGGCCCCGAGGAGGCCGCUCAUCUGGAAGCCCAGGGAGAGGCGGGGGAGAGGGUGGUGGUCUACACUGAGGAGGCCGCUCACUGCGACCAGCCAGAGGGGUGAGACCAGACUCCCCCUGCACUCUAAACAUCCAUCCAUUCAUUACAUAGUGCUCCAUAUAGUCAACAACUAUAUGGUGGUUAUUCACUAUAUACUGCACUAUGUAGAGAAUGAGUGAGUGGUUCAAAUACAGACUGAACGUCCUCUCGUCUGCUCUGUUUGCAUACAACAGCAGCAGUGGGCGUCUGAUUCCAGAGGCCCUUUCGGAAGUCAACCACUGUCAGAUCAGCAUUGUUUGUAUUCACAUGCGUAGCUUGCGUGACAGUUAACUCAGGACGACUGUAUUUUUUUCUAUGCUAAUAUUACACAGGGCUCAACCUGUGAAGACGGAGAUCUUCCAUAGGAACAAGGUGCUGACAGGCUUUUGGAUCAAUUAUAAUGCGUUUGUUGUGAGGCUGCAUAGGACUAAGGAGCAAUAGUGUCAUCAUUUCUCAGGCCUUUUGUUUCUGUAUAAAGAGGCUUUAAUCAACUCACAAAUUGAAAUAUGUAGUACCUAUUAGCACAUGUGUCAAGUACAUGUGUCAUUUCAGAAUCAGUUAACCAUAUUUGGGGAAAAAAGCUUAUUUAAUGUUUAAGAAAUGUUUGGUUUCUUUUUUAUUAUUAUUGCUUGUUUGUUGACAUUAUUGCUUGUUUGUUGACAUUAUUGCUUGUUUGUUGACUGUUAAAUGCUAAGUUUAUUUGCUUGGUUAUGUCCUAUGUUUUAUAAUUUAAAGUUUGAUCUCAGAUGGAUGUAGUGUGAGUGAAACUGAUAAUUGCAGUUAGGAGGUGACAUUAGGCUGUGCUCGAAAUUCACAAGAGAUCACAUUUACAGCUAGCAUGAUGUUUUGAACAUCACUGUCACAUUUUGUAAGCUCCCUAGUGCUGCCAGAACCAUUGGAAAGCCUUUUGAAGUGCUACCACAACAGACUCAGGAAGGUAUGACUAUCAUCUGAAACAUUGUAUCUGUUACACUAUAUCUGUUAGUGACAUUGCUGUCUCCUGAGCACAUAAACCAGGGACUAAGUACAAGAGUGUCAAAAGCUAUUCUUUCUCCACAUCAUUUUAUCUGGAGAACUGCUAUUAAAGUGCUCAGAAUACUGCAUACCGUCAAUUUCUACCUAGUUCUCCAUUGUUUCAAAACUUGAUCUGUUGAAUUCAUAGGAUUCUUUAAAAUGAGGUUUCUUUCUGAACAGUCACCCUGUAUGUUUUGACUUGAGUUGUCUGAAGCGUAGACACAACAUGAAACUGUUUCCUUUGUGCUGGCAGUCGUCUUCAAAUAAAGCUUGAUUUGUAAUGUUUUA